AGCGCUGCGCGAGUAUAGGUGCGAGAGUGCGUGCGCACGAUUUUUGCUCGGAAGUGUGCGCGCUCCACGGGUCCGGGCUGCGCACCGUGCGCCACUAUCGUGGACAGUUUUUCGACGUUUUUCAGUUCGCCUUUAAACUGUUAAACUCGCGGAUUCAAGUUACUCGCGUGUGCGGUUCGGUUUGUGUAGUGUUCUUGUCUGUAUCGCAUUCGUAGUGUUGUGAAGUGAACGUCACAAAAAUCUUGCCAAUAUGGAUGCCAUCAAGAAGAAGAUGCAGGCGAUGAAGCUGGAGAAGGAUAAUGCCUUGGAUCGGGCCCUUCUCUGCGAGCAACAGGCUCGUGAUGCCAAUCUGCGCGCCGAGAAGGCCGAGGAGGAGGCACGCCAGCUCCAGAAGAAGAUCCAGGCGAUUGAAAACGAUCUGGAUCAGACCCAGGAAUCGCUCAUGCAAGUCAACGCCAAGCUCGAGGAGAAGGAGAAGGCCCUGCAGAAUGCUGAAUCAGAAGUUGCCGCUCUGAACCGUCGUAUUCAGCUGCUGGAGGAAGAUCUCGAACGUUCGGAAGAACGUUUGGCUUCCGCCACGGCUAAACUGUCAGAGGCUUCGGCCGCCGCUGACGAGAGCGAACGGAUUCGAAAAGCGCUUGAAAAUCGUACAAACAUGGAGGACGAUAGGGUAGCGAUACUGGAGGCGCAACUAGCCCAAGCCAAGCUAAUAGCAGAGGAAGCUGAUAAAAAAUAUGAAGAGGUGGCCAGAAAGCUGGUGCUCAUGGAACAGGACCUGGAGCGUUCGGAGGAGAAGGUUGAAAUGAACGAAAGCAAGAUCGUCGAGCUUGAGGAAGAACUGCGCGUUGUCGGUAACAACCUGAAGUCGCUGGAAGUCUCCGAAGAAAAGGCAACGCAACGAGAGGAAUCGUACGGUGGCCAAGUUAGAGUAUUGGAUCAACGUCUCAAGGAGGCUGAAGCCCGUGCUGAAUUCGCUGAACGUUCCGUUCAGAAGUUGCAGAAGGAAGUCGACAGACUCGAAGAUGAACUGACAGUCGAACGUGCCAAGAACAAAAUGCUUCAAGAGGAAAUGGAAGCUACCCUGCAUGAUAUCCAGAAUAUGUAAGCUAUCGAGGAAGCAGCGCAUUGCCAGAAGAUAUGUCGUCAUUACGAGCUGAGCGUGCACUAGGCAUAACAUGGAAGCGCAGGAAAAGAGAGUUGUAAACAGACAUCGUUUGGCAUUUCUUCGAUGAUGUACCAUGCCGAAUCCAUCACAAAAAACCGCACGCACGAACUUUCACACAUCCACAUACUCGUUACGUUGUUGAAAUUCACAGACAUCAUGCGAUUGUGCACAUUCGGAGGAAGAAGGACGUUUAGUAGAGAAGCGCUGAUGCAAGUGGUUCGAUUUGCAUUACUUUUAGGGGUACUAGCGGAAACAGGAGCCCUUGUUUCAUUGAGAGAAAAUGAAAAUCUUCUGGGAACAAAAGUGUAGAAGGCAGGCUACGUACAGAGUUUUUAAACUAAAUCAAAAUGAUGCGCACACGACGCACGAAGGGUGAUGAAUGUAGAGCAGCAAAACUAAUGCUGCCCGAAAUAUGAAGCAUUUUAAUUGGAUCACUUUAUUGUGAACUGUUUCUUCAUUGUAUAAAAUUGUUCAGCUUUCCCCGUUAGAAGCAGAGAGCGCAUGCAAACGGUCGGUCCCAAAUGGAGAAUCACUCGAGGACAAAACCGUGACGCCGCGAAUAGUUUCUGUUUUGUCUCGCCUAGUCGUUUGGUUCAAGGUUUAAACUGUCCGGAGUCAGAUGCGUGGUGUUGUUAAAAAAGAACACAUACUGCUACCGAUUACCAUCUUAGUACUAUCGUCACAGAGUUUAAGAAGCGAACGGCAAAACCGCUCAAAACAACAUGCGUCGAAGGCACAAAAAUAGACAAUAUUGUUUUUGCAUAAGACGUCAGUUUCCAUUCCAACUACAUAAGGCCGUAGAUAUGAUGUUUAAAAUGUGGCCGCGCGCCGUGUUCAUUGCAUUUCAUACCGAUUCGAGGAACAUUCCAUUGCCAUGCUGAAAAUAAAAUCAAUAUAUUUUUUUAAUGCAUUUUAAACCAACGAGGUUGUGCCUGCAUUUAUGGGGUAUAUUGUUAACGGACGUAGUACCGUUUAUUUUCCAUUCAACCCAAUUUGCUACGUGGCCGCUCAGUUCACGCCAAUUCAUCAACUAUCGAAAAAAAAAACUUUUUACAUACAUAUUAUUGCGUGUGUUUCUUGUCAUUUGCAUUCCAAGAGAUGUGUGUUAAUGUGGAAAUUAUAAGAAAUAUCUACCAGCCAAUGGAAAGUAUACUACCAGCAGUAGUAUGAUGGAGUUAGUGUUUGUAAACAGCAAGUAAAGACCAAUCGCUCAUGUUUAUUCUGUCCCCACAUUGUGUAGCGUUUAUUUUAGCUUUUGCGAACUCUUUCCUAUCUAUUUCGGCCGAGCCAAUGUCUUUCCGGCUGGAGCAACAAGGAUCCGCAGAACGUAGACCUUCGUAUAGGCGAACCCCGUAUUUAAAUGUUGUGCACAAGUGUUGCACGCUGUUACGACGAACCCGCUGGUUGUUCCGUCGAUAAAAUAUAGCAUAGACAGGUUUUUCGAACGAGAAAGAAAUAUUCAGGAACACUGUUUUUUUCUGUAACGGUAGAAGCGGAGCCGUUAGGGCGAAAUAUGCGUAGCAAAACGUUUUAAACUUUUAAAAUGGUCGCGCUAGCUAGUAGUCGACGAACGCUUAGUGCAUCCGUGAACCGAUAGAGGAAGGACGCGUGCCCUCAUGCCUUUCUUAUACAUUUGCUAGCUAAGAGUAAGGAGUAAGCUUUCGGAAAAGACAAUCGAACGAAUGCUUAGAAACGGAACCAUGAACAUUCAACACAUUUACACGUCAAUACACGUACACCGUUACACAUGACCCCACGUGGAACGCAGCAUAACGCAAAACGAAAUGCCUCCUUUAAUGUAUUUGAGUGUUUAUAAUAUAUUAUUUUAUCGUAAACCGAGA